CUUAGGAAAGUCACUCUAGUCGAGUGACGAAAAAUUAUUAAAGAUUCUGCAAACAAAAAUUGAAUAUUUGCCAAUGUUUUAUUUUAACGUGAUUUAUUUAUUUUAAGACCAAAUUCCUCGUAUGUAAUUUAAAUUUAAUAAAUGUUCAAUUAAAUUAGUGCGAAGGUUGGUUAGAUGAGAACAAAAUCCGCAAACGGUAGCAGCCAAAUCAAUGCAAUUAGGCCGCUAAAUUAUUUUGUUUGAGGCUAAUCUAAAAGAACACCAUGAGUUCUCGAGGGUUAUCCAAGAGGGAGUUGGAGGAAUUGCGGAAGAAGGAGGAGGAGGAAGCCGCAGCUCAUGUAUUCAAAGAAUUUGUUGAAACAUUUCAAGAGGUGCCAACCCCUACCUCCAAAGUGUGGGUGAAGGCUGGCACUUAUGAUGCAGGAGCUAGAAAGGAGGACACAUCGGAGCGAGGCAAGCUGUACAAGCCGGUGUCCCGGCUGGAGGACAAGCGCAGCGUGGAGCUGGAGCUGGCCCGGCCGGAGCCCGCCGGCCGCCCGCGCGCCAAGCUGAAGGGGCAGGAUAAAAAGAAGAGCAAUCUGGAGCUGUUCAAGGAGGAGCUCAGACAGAUUCAGGAGGAGAGGUCAGAACGUCACAAGUACAAGAAUGUACUGCGCGAGCGAGGAGUGGUGGGGGUUGAGCCUGUGGUCGACGUUAUUCCCGAUAUCGGCUCUUACGACACCGGGGACCCGAACACUACUAAUUUAUAUUUAGGAAAUCUCAAUCCAAAGAUAACAGAGCAACAACUGAUGGAGAUAUUUGGUCGGUAUGGCCCACUAGCCAGCAUCAAGAUCAUGUGGCCGCGGUCUGAUGAGGAGAAGGCUCGAGGCAGAAACUGCGGAUUUGUGGCUUUCAUGUCCAGGAGGGAUGGGGAGCGGGCACUCGCUAGGAUCAAUGGCAAAGAGAUAAUGAACUAUGAGAUGAAGUUGGGCUGGGGCAAGGCGGUGGUGAUCCCGCCCGUGCCGAUCUACAUCCCGCCGUCGCUGCAGCAGCCGAGCCAGCCGCCGCCGCGCUCCGGGUUGCCCUUCAACGCGCAGCCGCCCAAACACCUCGCCAACAAGAUACCACGCGUAAGACCUGGAGAAUAUUAUCCUAGUGAUCCCGAGGACAAAGAAAAUUAUGAACAGAUAUUGUCACAGUCUAUUGUCAAAGUGGUGGUGCCUACAGAAAGAAACAUCCUAAUGCUGAUUCAUCGAAUGGUGGAGUUCGUGAUCCGCGAGGGUCCCAUGUUCGAAGCCAUCAUCAUGAACAAGGAGAUGAACAACCCCUUCUUCCGGUUCCUGUUUGAGAACCAGUCGCCGGCGCACGUCUACUAUAGAUGGAAACUGUUCUCAUUAUUACAAGGAGAUUCUCCUAAACAAUGGUCGUUGGAAGACUUUAGGAUGUUCAAAGGUGGGUCCGUGUGGCGGCCGCCUGUGAUGAACCUGUACACCGCUGGUAUGCCUGAAGAGCUGGUGGAGGAAGACGAUGCCAAAGACAACAUUCGGGGCACGCUGUCCAAUAACCAACGCGAUCGUUUAGAAGAACUAAUUCGCGGCUUGACGUGCAGCCGGGAGAGUAUCGGCACCGCCAUGGCGUGGUGCCUGGAGCACGCGGAGGCCGCGGGCGAGGUCGCCGGCUGCCUGGCCGAGAGCCUCAGCGGGGACCACACCGCGCCGCACAAGCGCGUCGCCCGGCUUUACCUGCUGUCGGACAUACUGCACAACGCCGGCGCCAAAUUGACUAACGCGAGCGCUUUCAGAUCCGCGUUCCAGCAGAGGCUGGUGGAGAUCAUGCGCGCGUGCCACGUGUCGUGGGCGGGGAUGACGUCACGCCUGCAGCGCGAGGGGUUCAGGGCGCGGGUCACACGCACGCUGCAGGCCUGGGCCGACUGGGCCGUCUACCCCACUGACUUCCUCAUGCACAUCAAUGACGUCUUCCUCGGACAAGAUAAGGAGUCCGUAGCCCGCUCGGGUUCGGGGUCGGAGUCGGGCGCGGAGGAGGAGGAGGCCGGCAACGCCUCCCCGCGGUCCUCCUCCUCCGGGGAGUGGGGCGGAGGCGCGGGCGGAGGCCCGCUGGACGGCGCCGCGCUGCGUCGGCUGGCGGCCGGGAGGAGGCACGGCGCUGACAACGUCACUGAUUUCAAUAUGGACAUCGACGGUAUUCCCGUGGACGAAGACAUAGACGGCGUGCCGUUAGAAGCCGAGGCGGACUCGGAAGGCAAGGAGGCGCGGCCGGCGGCGGGCGCCUUCGUGCCCUCGCGCUGGGAGAGCGUGGAGCUCGGCGCCCCCGCGCCCUCCCCCACCGCGUGCCCCUCCCCCGGCGGCGCCCCCGCGCCCGGCGCCCCCGCGUCCGCCGCCACGCCCGAGCGCCGCCAGGGCUCCGCAUCGCCGCCCGUCGCCUCGGCCACGCCGCUCAACGACGGCGAAGAACAGCAGCUGAAGCGGUCGACCCUCCGCGACAUCGAAGUGAGAGUGCUGAAGUACGCGGACGAGCUGGAAGCGGGCGUCCGGCAGCGGAGGCCGACGCUGACGGCGCACCAGCAGAUACAGCACUACAGGCGGAAACUUAUCAAGAAGGCGGCGCGCGAGGCGCGCGAGGCCGCGGACGCGCGGGAGUCGCCCGCAGACGACGACGCCUACUCCACAUCAUCCAAAAAAUCUAAGAAAUCUCGAGACGCCUCACAAUCGCCGCCCGCCAAACGACGCUAUACUGAUCGCAAAUCUCGGUCGCGAUCACGUUCCCGCGAGCGCGAACGAGAACGAGAAAGAGAGCGCGAACGCGAGCGAGAACGGGAGCGGGAGAGGGAGAGGGAGAGGGAACGCGAGAGGGAGAGAGACAGGGAGACGCGGCGGCGACGCUCGCCCGCCACACCGCCGCAUCACCAUCGCAAACACAAGCAUGGGAAAUACAAGUACUGAUGGACUAUGUAAAUAAAUUUAUUUAUAAGACGACCA